AGUCAUUCUUGCUUGGUCCAACAACAGUACCAAGAAAAAUGGCAAUACUCUCUACCCUUCCCUUCUCCGUGAAGUACUCAAUCCCGGCGGCGGCGGCGGUGGCCAGAACAAGCUCCGGCGACCAAAAAUCAUCUGGAAAACGGUGUCCGUUGUUGGUUCGGUCGACAGGAAUUAGCAGGAACCCGCCAAUUUGCUUAAGAUUUAGCAGAGUGUCGUCGCCUUAUACUAUUAAGAUUUCAACAACCCAGUUGAAUGCCGCCUUUGCAGAGAUUGAACCAGAUCUCAAUGAAGAUCCAAAGGACCGAUGGGUCACCCCGGGCGUUACCGACGAUGAAUUCAUUCAUGGGAAGUGGGAUGGUCAUCAUACUUAUUUCGAAGGCGAAGAGGAGAAAGUAUCAUUUUGGGGAUCAAUUGCAGAAGACAUUGCAUCUGUUGAUCCCCCCAAAGGCUUAAAAGGUCUCAUCUCAUGGCUGUUUCUCCCGGCAGUUGCAGCUGGGUUGUAUUUCGACGUGCCGGGCGAGUACUUGUACAUUGGAGCGGCUCUGUUUACUCUUGUUUUUUGUAUAACUGAAAUGGACAAACCGAGCGAAGCACACAACUUUGAACCGCAGAUAUAUAACAUGGAAAGAGGAGCUCGUGACAAAUUAAUUUCCGAUUAUAACACAAUGAACAUAUGGGAUUUCAAUCAAAAGUAUGGUGACCUCUGGGAUUUCACUGUCAAGAGGGAUGAUAUUAUCAAGAAUUAAUUAUUUAUUUAUGUGAUAAAUAGGAAGAAUUACUCAUGUCAUCUUCACUGUAUUAUUAUAUAUUUAUAUAUGAUGUUAUGCAGACUAAUUGCUAUAAGAAUUUUAAGAAAGAAGAUCUUAUUUACAUAUUA